UCUGGAAAUUUUAUGGUAUUAAGACCAGAAGAAGUGAGUGUGGUUGAUCUGAUUCGCUUCUUGUGGAACCAAAACUUGAAGAGAUUAGCUUUUCUAGAGUACCCUACAGGGAAGGAAGAAAAUGUGCGUCGGACAUGGAUUAUCUUCAUCUCUCUUUUGGGCCAAAAAAUACUGCAAUCUACGACUAAACCGAUGUCGUUUUUCGGGUCUGUUUUUGAGAUGUGGCUCAACCUUGUCUCAUCUAAUCGCAAUAUUGCAGUCCUCUUGCUUAAUUUCUUCCGAGGUAAGGUGGUGAAGCCUACAAGAUCAUCGGCGACUUUCAUGUCAGCUUUUGGUUUUUUGGACAAGAGAGUAAAUUUAGACCACAAUAUUAAACCUGGAGAUAGUAGAUACCAUGGAGCACUGGCAAUGAUGGCUUCUAAGAUAUCGUACGAGAAUAAAGCUUUUGUUGAAUCCACUGUUAAAGAUUGCUGGAAGAUGGAAUUACUCGAGUACAAGGAUUAUUGGAAUGAUUUUCAAAGGAAGCAUACAACGCAGGCUUUCAUGCUUCAUGACAAAUCCACAGACCCUGAUAUGAUUGUGGUGGCAUUUAGAGGAACCGAAAUUUUCGAUGCAGACGCAUGGUGUACCGACAUUGAUAUCUCCUGGUACGAGCUUCCUGGGAUAGGGAAAAUCCAUGGAGGUUUCAUGAAAGCAUUAGGGUUAGUGAUGUACCAAGGUUGGCCACUGGAAGUAGUUGAUCAUGAGCAACACAGCAAUGGUGGGGAUCGCCCACUGGCAUAUUACUCUAUAAGGCAAAAGCUGAGAGAGAUGUUGAAGGUGAAGAAUAAUAGGACAAGAUUUAUAUUGACAGGUCACAGCCUGGGUGGUGCACUUGCUGUUCUGUUUCCUGCCAUUCUUGCAUUGCAUGAGGAGACAUGGCUGUUAGAGAGACUGGAGGGAGUGUUCACAUUUGGACAGCCUAGAGUUGGUGAUGAGGAGUUUAGGGUUUUCAUGAAGAGGCAGUUGGACAAAUAUGGUUUUAGGUAUUUGAGGUUUGUUUAUUGUAAUGAUGUGAUCCCAAGGUCGCCUACCGAUGAUUCGACUUUUUUGUUCAAGCACUUUGGGACCUGCCUCUACUACAAUAGCUGUUACAAAGGAAAGAUAGUUGAAGAGGAACCGCACAAGAAUUACGUCUCUCUUUUGGCAACCAUACCAAGAAUGAUAAACGCGCUUUGGGAGCUGAUUAGAAGCUUUAUUAUUCGGUACAGAAAGGGGCCGGAGUAUGCAGAAGGAUGGUUGCUCAUACUUGUUAGAUUGGUUGGAGUUGCACUACCUGGUUUAUCAGCUCAUAAUCCCCAAGAUUAUGUCAAUCUAACCCGAUUAGGAUCUCCAGAAAUAUAUACUCAGCUCAAAGAAAAUCGAGACUCGGGGGAGAUUCAGAUAGAGCAUGUAAACUAACUAAUUAUAUUUCCAUAUAUAUAAUUGUGUAACCGGUGCGAUCAGCUGCAAGGAGAAGCCAUGCAUGGUUGCCAAUUAUUUUAAAGAAAAAGAAGAAUGAGAUCGAGCAGUACUGAUUCUAGUAGCUAGUCCAUUAAAUUGAAAUUUUUUUUUGUUACAUUUGAUACACUUUUUUGAGGGGCAUUUCUGUUCAUGUGUAAGUAAGAUCAA